UUACUUACCGAGUGGUAUAUUUAUGUAAUAUUAAUCAAAUGUCGUCUAUGACCUUUGGCCAAAGAACUUUUACACCCACUCCACCCGAUAAAGGCAGUUUUCCAUUAGAUCAUGAAGGUAUAUGUAAGAAAUCGAUGUUAAAGUACAUGAUUUGUUUGAAACAGAACGAUAACGAUAAUAAUUCGUGUCGAGAAGAGGCUAAAACGUAUUUGCAGUGUCGCAUGGACAAUAAUCUUAUGGCAAAAGAAGAAUGGCCUAAACUGGGAUUUCAAAAACAAGAAUAAAAAGAACAUAACCUCAAAAUAUUAAAAAAAUUUUAUUAUAAAGUAGUAGAAUAAAAGUCUUAGAACCCCUAAAAA